AUGCCAAUGUAUGACAACGAGCAGUUUGUUCUUCCUGUUAACUGCCCACUUCACCUGUUCGUUCGACAGCAAAUGCACGAUCAUGGCAUCGUGACAUCGAGUGCUCAUCGGAAUUCAACUCGUUUGCGUCUUAUUGAGCCUGCCAACUUGACUGAUGAUUUUAGUACAUGGCAAUAUGAUCAUUGGCAUGGCCUAUUUGAGUUGACAUUGGAACCGCAUGAAAAAGGCAGUAACGCUCGUUUUCCUCCUCGAUGGCGCCUGUCUGACAAUGUUCAAAUCUACUCUCGUAUCCAGCGCAGUGAUUCAUCCAAGUCAUCAUCAUCGCAUACCGACAGACCACGCACGGCUUCACUUGAUGCAUUCAUUUACGAUAUGUGCGAUCAGGAGAAUAAUGAUCGAGGUGACGCAUGGCUAUGUGCACUUCAUAAAGAAGACAUAUUAACAUUUGAACAUUUGACCAAUUUACGUCAAUCCGAAUGGGAUGCCAUUCAUUCAUUGCCCAUGAAUGCAAAAAAAAUAUUGAAAGCGGCCGUUGAUCGAGAACGAGAAUGUGCUAGUGGAGAAAGACGUCAACGAAUAAGCAAUGAUCCGAAAGAUGGCAACAACAAGCAGGCAGAAUCCAUUACAACUUCAGGUCGGUUGUGA